UUCCGGCGCGGGGAGGUGACGUAGCGGGGCACCGCCGUGAGCGCGAGAUGCGGGCGCUGCGCCUCGGCCGGUGGCUCCAGGCGGGGGGGCUGCCGGUCCCUCCUGCCCGGGCCGUGCUGACGGCGCCCGGCACGUCCCCCGCGCCGGUUCCCCCGCGCCCGGCGUGGCAGCACGGCGAACCGCGGCCGACCCCGCAGCAAAAAGUGACGGUGGAAGUGCUGGAUCACUUGGAACACCUGGCCUUGGUUGAUUUCCGUGAUGCAGAGGGCGUUGAGCGGCUGCAGAAAGCAAUCCAGUUUGCUGAUCAGCUUCGUGAUGUGAACACCGAUGGCGUAGAACCCAUGGAUUCGGUCCUGGAGGACAGGUGUCUGUAUCUCAGAGAUGAUGAUGUUACAGAAGGCAACUGCACGAAUGAGCUGCUGAAAAAUGCCAGAGAGAAAGUAGAGGAAUAUUUUGUAGCCCCACCAGGUAACAUCCCUCUACCAAAGCUAGAAGAACGAGAGACUAUUCUCCAGAGCUCUUAGCAAAAGCCCAGAACUCAAACACCAUUUUGGUAUUUUAUUUGGGAAGAUGAAGUUUUGUGUAGUCACAGCUGAAAUACCCCAGCAUAUAUUUUCAUCAAGAGGAAAACGAGAGGUUGGAAGCCUGUAUUUGCCUAUUUCUCACCUUUAGCUCGACGCUGGCUCUGCCCCUGUCAGAAGUAACCAAGUCUGUUACAGAGGAGGAGUCUGCAACAUCGCUGAGUGCCUCUGUCAUGUGCAGAUGGAACUCCGAUUUUCAUUAUGGAAGAAAAGGCACUUUGAUAAUAUGAUUCACUCAAAUAUUUUGUUUCUACUGAAUAUUUCCAUUUUAUCUCUAUGCUCCAUGUCUGUAUGGGUUACCUCCUAUUUCCCACGUUGUAUUUUUAUUCUCACAAAUUAAAUACCUGGAGUUGUACAUAAUUUAAGAAAGUACUUUUCAAGCACAGAAAUAGCUGUGCUUGAAAUAAAUCUUUGCCAUAAGUAUUUGUGUCCACCAGACAUGUAUCUGUAGUGGCACCAGCAAUAUUUUCUGGAUUAAACCAUUUUUCCAUUUCAAACAAAGCACUGCAGUUGUUUGUGUUACUUAAAAUAUCCUGUGUGGCUAAACUUGUUGUAAAUAAAGAAUAUAAUUACUUGUGAA